UUUGUCUAUAACAAUGAUUCGAAGGUGUAGGUUGGAGAGUAAAGAGGGCCAAAUUCAUCCAAAGGUAAAACUGGUUGUGUAUAAGUACUGGAGCGAAUCUGUUGCACUUGCACGCGUAACUUGUGUUGCCCACUAGUACAUAACCGUCUUUCAAAAUCUCCAAAAACCCACUCAAUCAAUAAGGUUAAACAUUUACCUGUUAGGGGUAAUUUAGGAAUCUAACUACUUAUAAACCCUGUGAGUUCUAAAUUCUCAAAGCAGAACAACGCAGCCGUCUUCUGCGUCAAGCCUCCGUCAAAACCUCCUCUUCCGAUCAUCACACGGUGGUUUCCGGUUUUAAGAUCGCCAUUGGAUUAUUAUGGAUUUGAAUAACGAUUCAAAGCCUCCACAACGAAGAAAGUUAAAAUUUCAACCUAAAGCUCCACCUCGUAGAGUGCCAAAGGUAGAAGUUAAAAGUGAAGUGAUUGAGGAGGAUAAUAAAGAUGUUUCAAAAGUGACUAUGGAUCUCCUUCAACGUCACAAUGAGAAUGCGAUGAAUAGGAGGAUGAAGCAUGAGAAAAAAGUGUUACCUUCACAAAUUGCUUUUGGUGCUGGAGGCCAAUCAACUUAUCUCAAAUCAUAUGGUACCAAAGGUGGGAGCAAGAGUGAAAAUUCAGCAUUCUAUGGCGUGACUGAGAAAGAAUACAAAGAACCAUGGGAACUUGACACUGAAUAUCCAAUAGUUCAUCCCUUGAGGAAACCGUAUUCAGGCAACCCAGAAAAACUUGAUGAGAAGGAAUUUGGGGAGACUGCAGAAUCCAGAACUUAUGAUGAAAGCGCAGCAAGUUCAGCAGUGGAGCUUGACCUUUUGGAGGAAAACCCAGAGGCAAGUGCGUUCUUCAUGAAAUUACCACCAGUUAUUCCUAUGAUUAAAAAACCAGAUGCUGAUGGUAAAGAUAAGCGCCCUGGAGGUUAUAGAGGUGCGGCGAAGCUCUGCAGGUUGAACGACUUGCCACCUGGCUUAAUUGGCAAAAUGCUUGUGUACAAGAGUGGUAAAGUUAAGCUGAAGCUUGGCAACACCCUUUAUGAUGUUUCCUCGGGUAUGAAUUGUAUAUUUGCUCAAGAGUUUGCUGCUAUCAAUACUGCUCAAAAGUUUUGUUCUGCACUUGGGGAGAUCAACAAGUUUGCUACUGUAACCCCGGACAUAGAUGCCGCACUUGAUUGUUUAAGUGAUUUAAAUUUAUAAUAGUUUUCUUUACAUUCAUGAAAUUGUUGAAGAUAGAUAUCUUGAUAAAUAGAGAAAGAAGGAAAAUAGAAAUAAUUCUGUUUUAUUCAUUUAUUGAA